AUGGCGAGCAUCACUACAAUGCUCCUUCGUCCCACUUUCAAACCUUCUUCUUCUGAUAUGGUUUCCCUUACUCUCCGUCGAUCUCUUCCUCCCACAGCCAUCCACUUCCGGACCUCCAGAAAAUCCACCACUCACAAACUUUUCUCCCUUUCAGUCUCAGCUUCUUUACAAGCUCUAAUAUUCGACUGCGACGGCGUGAUCCUCGAGUCCGAGCAUUGCACCGCCAAGCCUAUAACGAUGAGCAUUGAGUUCUACGACGAGCUCCAGAACCGCAUUGGUGGCGGUAAACCGAAAAUGCGAUGGGAUAUGACCAUAUAUUUUGUGCUAAUACGCAAGUUCGUGAUGCACUUUGACUGGAAAACGGACAGGUACAAAGAAAUAAUCAAAUCUGGAACCGUGAAGCCCAGGCCUGGAGUUCUAAGAUUGAUGGAUGAGGCAAAGUCUGCUGGCAGGAAACUUGCUGUAUGCUCUGCAGCUACCAAAAGUUCAGUUGUUCUUUGCCUUGAAAGUUUUAUUGGAAUUGAUCGGUUUCAAAAUCUUGAUUGCUUUCUUGCUGGUGAUGAUGUGAAGGAAAAAAAACCUGAUCCAUCCAUUUAUAUAACAGCUUCAAAAAAGCUAGGCGUGGUAGAAAGGGAUUGCCUGGUGGUUGAGGACAGUGUUAUUGGCUUGCAGGCUGCAACAAAGGCUGGAAUGCAAUGUGUCGUAACCUACACAACUUCCACAGCUAACCAGGAUUUUAAAGAAGCGAUAGCAACCUAUCCAGACUUGAGUGACAUAAGAUUGACGGACUUAAACUCUCUACUACAAAAUGUUGCCACUACAAGAUAGAAAAUUGUUUACAACAUUGAAUUGAUUAAAUAACCAAGGAGCAUCCCUAUGAAGUUUUUUGCUGCUGAUAUUGUUUUGGCAUUUCCACAAUGUACAGGUGUACAUUUAUAUUUGAAUGACAAGAUUUAAUAAUUUUAUUUUUCCAAUCUUCUCCCUUUCUAGAAAAUUUAUAUUUUGAAUGCACUACCAGAAUCGGCAUCAUAAUAUGCUCUGUUUAGACAUUGUGCAUUGGUCGACGGUCAAGGGUAGUUGAUACAAGAGGAGCUGGACUUAUUAGCCUUCUCAGGUGCCCAACUAAUUCACCCUUUUGCAUACACUUCUCAGGUGGCGGACUGGGGAUGAGGAUUGUUUGGCGGUGGAGUCGGUGGUAAAUCAAGAACGGAAAGCUGUUCAACUAAAUCAACAAA